UUACGUCAGCCGAGCGGGUUGGGCCAGAGUACCAGACGCGAGAAGAAUCUUUGGGAGAGGGAGAGGGAGAGAGAGAGAGAGAAUUUGGAGAGGGAAAUGGGGGAGGAAGAGAAGAGGAUGAAGCGAGUUAUGGUGACCUUCGAUGUGGACGGCACUCUGAUCAAGAGCACUGGAAACUCCUCCAACCGACUCCACCGCCAAGCUUUCUCCCACGCCUUCUACCAAGUCUUCGGCCUCAAGGACGUCAGCAUCGAUGCCAUCCAGCACCAUGGUCAAACGGAUCCUCUUAUACUUGUCAACACGCUUGUGCACUAUGGCAUACCUUCUGAUGUGGCCUUGGAAAGGCUCCCUGACCUCAAGGCAAGAAUGAUUGAAUAUGCCAAGGAACAUGCCCAAAACAUUGGGGAAGGCCUGGAAGUUCUUCCUGGUGUUUCUUCUUUGCUGGAUGCUUUAUCUUCAAAAGGUGUUUCCAUUGGUUUGGUUACAGGAAAUCUUGAAGAGAUUGCUUGGAUGAAGAUGGAGGGGCUGGGAAUUCAAAAAUAUUUUACUAUUCCAAAAUUUGGAGGAUUUGGAACCGAUCAUACUGAACGUGGAGAAUUAAUCAAAAUUGCUGCAAAUAGAGCAAACAAGCUCUAUCCUGAUGGUUUUGACUUACGAGUACAUGUUGGAGAUACGCCAAAUGAUAUUCGUGCUGCUGAGAAUGGAGGGGCUUUGGCUAUCGGCGUAUGCACCGGUGUAUUCACGGCAGAAGAACUACAGAAAGCAAGCAACGGCAAUGCUGUUAUUCUCCCUGAUCUUACUAAUGCUGAAGCUUUCCUGAAGCUACUGGGAAUAUGAGCUUGAAUCUACUGUCUCGCUGUCCAGUGGACAGUGCUUGUCCUUCUUUUUCUUCUUCCUUGCAGUACGUUGACUAUUGAAAUCUACAGAAAAUUUGGAGCAGCUGGUGAGUGCGCUGCACAUGAACUAUGGUAUGUAUCCUACAUUAACGUUAAUCUAAGAUAUUUCAUUAGGAGCCACAGCCUUUGGAAUAUCAAAUAAUUAUAUGUGGAUUGACUUUCAUCAAA